UGCAUUCUUUUUCUGAUGGUCCAUCUGAUGAGCUUUGUCCUUACAAAGCUUGGUUGGUAAGAUCAAUAUUUCUUUCACUUUUCAGUUGUCUAGUUGGUGUCUCAUGCAAAGGAGUCUAGAGUUUUGCCAUUUGUUGCAGGCAACAUGCCCUUCUGCUUUAGCUUCCUUCGACCGGAUCAUAGCAAGUGCGCAGGGCAAGAAGAUCGCCUUGUUUCUGGACUAUGACGGCACGCUUUCGCCUAUUGUUAAUGAUCCCGAGAAGGCGUUUAUGUCCCCGGAGAUGCGUGCUGCUGUGAAGAAUGUCGCAAAGUUCUUCCCUACAGCGAUCGUCAGUGGGAGGUCCCGUGACAAGGUGUUCGAAUUUGUACAGCUGAAGGAGCUCUGCUACGCUGGAAGUCAUGGAAUGGACAUAAUGCUAUCGUCUGCAGAUUCUGAAAGUAAAACAGAAGAUGACAAAGAAACCAAACUUUUCCAACCUGCAAGUGAGUUUUUACCCAUGAUCAUUGAGGCUUACGACUCCCUAGUGGAGGCCACCAGAUCAAUCACGGGUGCAAAUGUUGAGAACAACAAGUUCUGUGUGUCUGUACAUUACCGCAACGUCGACAAGCAGGACUGGAAUUCGGUCGCGCAGCUUGUCGACGAUGUGCUGAAGUCUUUUCCUCAUCUCAAACUAACAACCGGACGAAAGGUUUUAGAGGUUCGUCCAGUGAUUGACUGGGACAAGGGGAAGGCAGUGGAGUUCCUGCUGCAGUCGCUCCGGCUAGAUGACCCCGAAAGCGUUCUCCCUAUCUACAUCGGAGAUGAUCGAACCGACGAAGACGCGUUCAAGGUGCUUCGCGAGCGGAACUGUGGGUACGGAAUUCUAGUUUCACAGCUGCCCAAGCAGACUCAAGCCUUCUACUCGCUGAGAGCUCCAUCUGAAGUGAUGGAGUUCCUGGAUUCCUUGGUGAGAUGGAAGGAGCAACAGCAGCCAGCCCAUGUUCAAGAAUGAUAAUAGCCUAGUAAUAGCACAUCAUCAGUUGAUUUCAGUUUAGUCUUCUGGCAGAAAUGACAGUAGCAGAUUAGCAUCUCCGGGGCGACUAUUUCACGGCGCCGGAGGUGGAUAGGGUCGUAGGCUAAACCUACCAAGAUGACUUUUCUCUUGUUGUUUUCUCUUUGUUUAUACCUGGCAAAGUUGAAAUUUUUGUCCACCUUCGCCCAUGAAACUCGGAAUAAUUCGCAUCAUCUGUGACUUCUUUUGCA